AUGGUGAAAAGGCCGCAAUGGCUGGCAAUAGAGCCAUCUAGCUGGAAACUACGCUCUAGCGAUACUUUGAAUAUAAAAGAAAUCAUGGAGAGAAAGGAAGCAUUUGAAAAUCUCCAUGUUGAAGAGUCUGAAAAUAAUAAUGACUUACUUGACUUAAUCGGCGGGCUGAUGUCAUUGCCUGCCGCGAUUACUCGCAUCUUCCGUCGAGGUGUGCCGUCCUUAAACAUAGCUUUGCUCAACCUUCUCGAUCUUCUGCAACAGCUCGCUCGGAAUCAAUCCAUUCGUCGCUAUUCCAUAUUCUGCGAAACCUUACGUCUCGCCUGA